ACGUCAUCCUCCCGGAAGUGUGCAUUUGGUACGAAAAUAAAUCUACGCGCGAUUAUACAUAGCUAACGUUACUUACUCGUCACAGAGUUUCUGAAUUAUUUUCUCACUUUUGGUUUAGCGAAUCAAAACUGUAAGAAACGAACUACUGUUUAUCAAUAACUGUCAUCAUGGCCAAUUUGAAUGAAGCUGAUUUACCACCAAAUCUGACUUGCCUCAAAAAUGUUGAUACCAUUCUCCGAUGUCCCAUUUGUUUCGAAUUCCUGAGUAUCGCAAUGAUGACCAAAUGCUCUCACAACUUCUGCUCUUUGUGCAUAAGAAAAUUUCUGUCCUACAAAUUACAAUGUCCAGUAUGCAAUUCACCUACAACAGAACAAGACCUAAGAAACAACCGGAUACUGGAUGACCUGGUCACAAACUUUAAAUCUGCAAGACAGCAGUUGUCAAAUGCUAAUUUUGACUCGCCUCCAAUAUCCCGGAAGGCCCCGGCCUCAUCUGUCAAGUGUAAAAAACCUAGACAGUCAACGGCCCCCAAGAAGGAGGCCUCCAUCUUCAAUCACUUUUUCCGAAAGGGUCCCACCACCUCCACAACUUCUCUCACUACAGAGGCCACGCCAGCACAGCAACCUAUUCCAUGCAGAAAGAGACUGUCUGACACUCCUCUACGUAGUCAAACUGUGAAGGAGGGCCCCCGUCCUACACAGACUGUGAAAGUAGACCCUGAUCAUCAGGUCUCUGUGAAGGAGGAGCCCAUUGAGGACAUACUGCCCCAGGUGCUGGUGUCUGUAAAGAUGGAGAAGAUUGACUUCUCCAUGACAGGGCUGGCGUCCCUGGCUGAUUCACAGUCCUCAUCACAGGACCUGAAGCCUCUAGUUAAAGUGGAGUGUCCUGUGUGUUCUGUGGGCAUCCUUGAACAGUUCAUCAACAAGCACCUGGACAGCUGUCUGACCCAAGGGGAAAAGAAGGAGAGCCUUAGGAGCUCCCUAGGUGCCAAGAGGAAGCCGAUGAGGAAGCUGGUAUACACACUGCUGUCCAUGCAGGAGCUGAAGAAGAGGCUGAAGGAGUGCCACCUCUCUGCCCAGGGCACCAGAGACCAGCUGGUCAGGAGGCACCAGGACUUUGUACACUUCUACAAUGCCCAGUGCGACGCCCUCGAACCGAAAUCAGCCAAAGACAUCGCCAAAGAAGUGGAGGCCAACGAGAAGGCCAGGAACCAACUGCAGGGGAAAACCAAAUGUGCUAUGGUUUUCUCUAAGAACCAAAGUCUGGGGCAAAUCGAUGAGAUGCAUUCAACUUACAGGAAGCAGCAUAACAGUGAGUUCUCCCGCCUUAUCGCACAGGUCCGGGGUCGCCUGGAGACUGCGAGGACGAGGGAGAUAAAGCAGGAAGUGAGGGAUGAGGGAGGAGAGGAGGACCAGGGAGUGGGCUCCAGCUCUGCAGAUAGGGCAGCACAACAGGAACAGAGUGAUCCCAGCCCCAGUGACUCAGAGGCCUGCUGCGUAUUGAUGACAUCACCUGUGGAGGAGCCCUCUGAGAAGCAGCAGCAGCCUUCUGUUGUAGCAGUCAUCUCCAGGUCACCCAGCCCAUGUCUCAGUGAGGUGUCCAUCAGCAGCUCCGUCUCCGACAUCUUCGCUGGCAGAUGCUAUGAAGUUUUGGAGAACACCUCGAGUGGGAAACGGGCUUCCUACUCCAAGGAGGAAGACUCUUCUCUGCCACUUGUCCUGGGAAAACGAGCCCGGAAAACCUGGGAAGAGGACAGGAAGGAGUCGAGCUGAACUCUGUUAAACACCUUCACCUUUAUCUAAUUUCUUUAAGCACAUUUUCAGGGUAUAGCAUGUUAAGCAAUACAUUUUAUUUGUCAUUUUAUAACUUGGUGGUUCCACCAAUUAGAUACAUUUUGAGUGGUGAAACUUGGUGGAGAAUAACCCAGUUUAUUUCACCUAAUUGUAACAUUCUGCCAUAAAGAGCACAUAUGUGAAAUUAUGUUUUUUAACACUGGAUAAAAGUAGAGCCUCAGAGCUACAAAAUGGUAUAUCAUAUACUGCAUUUUUGAGGAACAAAGGGAAAGUAAUUCUGCUUUGAAACUUGAUACAUUUUUAACCUCGCUUUCGAGAAAAGGACCUUUGAAUGUUUUGGUACCUACUGGAGACCUCUCCUUUGUCCAUACCCAUUCAGCAUUGUUCAGACCCUGUUAAGCCAGCCCCACCCAUCUCUUUAAGGAUUCACAUGUGAGGUCAUGUGCUAAACAGUGAGUAGUGUAGUAAAGAUCAAGACUUAAAGUAGUAGCCUACGAUAAGGAAAAAUCCAGGUAAACAGAAAGUAAAAAAUAUUUUAUAAAUAUUAGAUUACGCUUACCCAGACACACUUGUCUAAAUUGAUGGGCCAUGUGAAAGAAAUUCUAUAAACCCCAGCCACAUCCAGUGGUGGAAAAAGUACUAAAUGGUCAUACUUGAGUAAAAGUAAAGAUACCUUAAUAGAAAAUAACUCAAGUAAAAGUCACCCAGUAAAAUACAACUUGAGUAAAAGUCUAAAAGUAUUUGGUUUUAAAAAUACUUAAGUAUCAAAAGUAAAUGGAAUUGCUAAAAUGUACUUAAGUAUAAAUAAAUAAAGGCGGCACAAUUGUUUAUAAAAAUAAAAAAUAUCAAAAUAUUGACGGAUAGCCAGGGGCACACUCCAACACUCAGACAUAAUACAAACAAAGCAUUUGUGUUUAAAGUGUCUGCCAUAUCAGAUGCAGUUGGGAUGACCAGGUAUGUUAUCUUGAUAAGUGUAUGAAUUGGACAAUUUUCCUGUCAAAAUGUAACGAGUACUUUUGGGUGUCAGGGAAAAUUUAUGGAGUAAAAAGUACAUUAUGUUCUUUCGGAAUGUAGUGAAGUAAAAGGGAAAGCUGCCCUAAAAUAUAAUUCGUAAAGUACAGAUACCCCCAAAAAUACUUAAGCAGUACUUUAAAGUAUUUUUACUUAAGUACUUUACACCACUGGUCUCAUCUUUCUAAAUGGAUGGGUCUCCACAGAAGGUGUAAACGGUACAGCUAAAUGGUUACUUGCAUUGCAGAAAUAUAUAUAUUUAUUUUUUCACCUUUAUUUAACCAGGUAGGCCAGUUGAGAAUAAGUUCUCAUUUACAACUGCGACCUGGCCAAGAUAGAGCAAAGCAGUGUGACACAAAAAACACAGAGUUACACAUGGAAUAAACAAAGGUACAGUCAAUAACACAAUAGAAAAGUCUAUAUACAGCGUGUGCAAAUUAAGUAAGAUUAGGGAGGUAAGGCAAUAAAUGGGCCAUAGUGGUGAAAUAAUUACAAUUUAGCAAUUAAACACUGGAGUGAUAGAUGUGCAUAAGAUGAAUGUGCAAGUAGAGAUACUGGAGUACAAAGGAGAGAACUGUAAGGAAAGGCGGCCAAAGGAGGAGUUUGCUUUGGGGGUGACCAGUGAAAUGGAUGUGGAGGUCCAGCUUGCGUGGUUACUCGUUGGCUGCGGUUGUGAGGCCAAAUACUCUAAAACAACAUUGGAGGCUUAUGGUUGAGAAAUUAACAUUCAAUUCCCUGGCAACAGCUCUGGUGGACAUUCCUGCAGUCAGCAUGCCAAUUGCACGCUCCCUCAAUUUGAGACAUCUGUGGUGUUAAAACUGCACAUUUUAGAUUGUCCUUUUAUUGUCCCCCAGCACAACGUGCAACUGUGUAAUAAUGAUCAUUCUUUUUAAUUUGUUUCUUGAUAUUUCACACCUGUCUGGUGGAUGGAUUAUCUUGGCAAAUGAGAAAUGCUCACUAACAGAGAUGUAAACAAAUUUGUGCACCACAUUUGAGAGAAAUACACUUUUUUGUGCAUAUGAAACAUUUCUGUGAUUUUUAUUUCAGCUCAUGAUAAAUGGGACCAACACUUUACAUGUUGCGUUUAUAUUUUUGUUAAGUGUAAUUGCUGAUUGCCUAGGAGAGGAGAUACCAUUCCUCCUCCAAUACUGCCACUGAUUACGGAAACAACAACAGUCACAAAUUGCCCUGCCCCUUAAUCCUAGUUGAUGUGUCAACAAUCAUCUGCAAAUUAUGAGCAGUCAGCAGAUCACACACCAAGUAGGCUACUGGGAAGACAGACAGCACUUCAAGUAGAUGGCCCUACAUACAGUUGAAGUCUGAAGUUUACAUACACUUACGUUGGAGUCAUUAAAACUCGUUUUUCAACCACUCCACAAAUUUCUUGUUAACAAACUAUAAUUUUGGCAAGUUGGUUAAGAUAUCUACUUCGUGCAUGACACAAGUAAUUGUUUACAAACAGAUUAUUUCACUUAGAAUUCCCUGUAUCACAAUUCCUAUGGGUCAGAAGUUUACAUACACUAAGUUAACUGUGCCUUAAAACAGCUUGGAAAAUUCCCGAAAAGUAUGUCAUGGCUAUAGAAGCUUCUGAUAGGCUAAUUGACAUCAUUUGAGUCAAUCGGAGGUGUACCUGUGAAUGUAUUACAAGGUCUACAUUCAAACUCAGUGCCUCUUUGCCUGACAUCAUGGGAAAAUCCAAAUAAAUCAUCCAAGACCUGCUGGAGGAAACAGGUACAAAAGUAUCUAUAUCCACAGUAAAAUGAGUCCUAUAUUGGCAUAACCUGAAAGGCCGUUCAGCAAGGAAGAAGCCACUGCUCCAAAACCGCCAUAAAAAAAACAGACUACGGUUUGUAACAGCACAUGGGGAAAAAGAUCGUACUUUUUGGAGAAAUGUCCUCUGAAAUAGAAUUGUUUGGCCAUAAUGACCAUCGUUAUGUUUGGAGGACAAAGUGGGAGGCUUGCAAGCCGAAGAACACCAUCCCAACCGUGAAGCACGGGGGUGGCAGCAUCAUGUUGUGGUGGUGCUUUGCUGCAGGAGGGAAUGGUGCACUUCACAAAAUAGAUGGCAUCAUGAGGAAAGAGAAUUAUGUGGAUAUAUUGAAGCAACAUCAAGCCAUUAGUCAGAAAGUUCAAGCUUGGUUGCAAAUGGGUCUUCGAAAUGGACAAUGACCCCAAGCAUACUUCCAAAGUUGUGGGAAAAUGGCUUACGGUCAAGGUAUUGGAGUGGCCAUCACAAAGCCCUGACCUCAAUCCCAUAGAACAUUUGUGGGGAGAACUGAAAAAGUGUGUGCGAGCAAGGAGGCCAACAAACCUGACUCAGAUACACCAGCUCUGUCAAGAGGAAUGGGCCACAAUUCACUGAACGUAUUGUGGGAAGCUUGUGGAAGGCUACCCGAAACGUUUGGCCCAAGUUUAAAAAUUUAAAGGCAAUGCUACCAAAUACUAAUUAAGUGUAUGUGAUGAAAGAAAAAAAAGCUGAAAUAAAUCAUUCUCUCAUAUUAUUCUGACAUUUAACAUUCUUAAAAUAAAGUGGUGAUCCUAACUGACCUAAGACAGGGAUGUUUUAUGAGGAUUAAGUGUCAGGAAUUGGGGAAAAAAUGAGUUUAAAUGUUUUUGGCUAAGGGGUAUGUAAACUUCCAACUUCAACUGUAGCAAAGGGACAAUACUAGACAACGUAUACUUGGAGAUAUCAGGAGUCCUCUAGCUAUAGAAUAAAGACCCCCCCCUUCCUCACAUACUUUGUGCAUGACACCCCUGAUAGCAGUGCACCGGGGACUCAAUAUACAGGUCGUCUUGUGCACAAAGAACCCUGGUACACAUAUGCAGGGGUUAGGUGUGAUGUUCUCUGGAGGAGCUCUGCUAUUGUGCUUAAAAUUGCAGCUGUGCAAAUGACCCCAGGGACUACAAAUUUAAGAGGAAAGUUAUGUGAAAGACCAGGAUGAUUCUUCUGGUAAUUCACCUUGCCCUUCCCCAGCUCUGUGCCUGUUCAGUUGUUGGAUGUUUGUCCGACCCUCAAUCCCUGCAUCAGGUGUUUGCUCCCAUGCCUGGCCUGCUGUUUGUCUGCCACAGAUUAGCUGGAGCUGAGACGGGUUGGAUUUGCCUGUCAUUUGCAAUUCACGCUGAGCACCUAUGUAUAAACAGCUCUCAAACUGAUUUUGGGUUUGUUUGAAAGCAUAGAGCGGGCCAAUAUAAUUCAAUAUGUAGUCAAGGUCAGAAUGAAAACAAAAGAGAGUGAGAGAACUGUAAGGAGGAGGCCUGCCGGUUUUGUAUGUAGGGGUGAAAAAGCAGGAGCACUUUGGAGACCUGACCUCAAAUGAAAACAACAUAGCUGGAGCAAGGCAGGACUGUGACAUGGUGUUGCUCCAGUCACUGGACCAGAGCAGGGAGGCGUCUUAGCCCCUUCACUGCAGGGGCUGACUGGACACUGAGCAAAGACGGGCAGGGGCACCUCACUGCGGCACAGAGAUACAGACACUGGCCCAAUAUUAAAGUGACGUACUCAUCCCAGCACACUGCUUCCUCACUCUUUCCCAGUUUUCCUACCUCCGUCCCGCACGCUGGAGAGCAAACUUAGAUCCACUAUGCAAAAAUCACACAGCCAUUUCCUGGUUGCCAUAUAAGUUUGCCUAAUUUCAGUUUGUGACAAAAAAAGCAAGUAUAAUGUAGAUAAUAAUUGUACCAUCUAAACUGCUGUUAAGUAUCUUUUCCAUAACCAAAAAUAUUGUAUUCAACUGUUUGAAGUUGGUGUGCAAAACCGAAAGUAAAAGACGCAAAAACAAAUCUUACGAAUGGGAAGCAUAGUAAUAGCACACAUAGAACAAAUACUGCUUCUUAUCUUGCUUUCAAUGAGAAUGCCACAUCUAUAACACAUUUCUAUAUUAAUAUGGUCAUGCCGCCCAAAAAGUUACAUAGUGCAGCUUUAAAGAGGGAGAGUUCAUCUCCCAUGCCACCUGGAGCAUUGGCUCUGCAGCUAUUAAAUAUCACCUGUGCCAGCACAGGUGAAACUAAUGACUUACUAUUGAGGCGACAGGUGCAAAACAUCCUGACCAACGAGGGUGACUCCAAUCAGGGCACGUUCACCCCCAAAUAGAACCAAACUCUAAAACCAAAACCUGUAACACAAGGUACAAGAAUAUCCUAGAAGACAGUAGGGUUGUCCCAGUUAAGACCCUCAUGGGGACCACCAGCCUCCAAAGAGUGGUGUCAAAUCUCAAUGUCACAGUCAGGGAUCAGAGCAAUUUCUCCCUCGGGCAGGGCCAGCUUAUCCCACUCUCCUUCACACACAGCCAGUCACGCACCACACCACCCUGUCUGCCCUGCUGAACUCUUCCACUGCUGGGUUGGCAGUACAUUAUGGGCUCAAUUCAAUUACUACUGCAUUGCAGCAUUUACACAGUACAGAGCAGGGCCUAGUUUUACAUUUCCAACUUUCAGAAUAAGAUGUGCCAAGUCUAAACAAAGACACUGUAUUAACAUUGGUAUGAGGGGUUAUAUUGAGUUCCUGCCUUAGUGGCCCAGUCUGCCUUAGCGCUGGGAUGCUCUUCUCACAUUCAGUACCCCAUCCAUUGCUCAGCCUGUCCAUCAUGGGGAAAUUAAGAUGGGGAAAAAGCAUUUGACCCAUGUUCAUGCGGUUCAUUUACGGGUUAUUACAUUUUCUUCCUUUCUAAUUGCAUUUAUUUUCAGAGGUAUAUUGUAAAUGCUGCAGUAUGCCUAAUGAUACAUGAAGCAGGCAGUCAAAUACUAAACUAAAAAUCGGUUCUAACUUAAUUCUGAGACGAGGGGCAGAGUUUGACAGCCUGUUUAAACUUUAGACAUCCUGUGAGUGACUGGUGAAUAUGUGUGCGGUGUGCUGUGGUACGGACUACAGAGUGAUGAAAAGUUCCCAUUUAAUUGCCACAGAAUUGCAAUGCAUUCCCCAGAGGCAUAUUAGCAGCCUGAGCUAUGUGCUAUCAGAGCCCAGAUCUUUAGGCUAGCACUGGUCAAAUAUGGUUAAUCAACACUGCAGGAUUCCACUUUAAUAUUAAGCAUGCAGCCAUGAACACGGAGCCUUUCUAUUUAUCUGAAUAUUGCAGCCUUGUGCAUCGCCAAAUAAAGAUUAGAAGGCCA